AUGACACGUGACCGAGGAGGAGGAGAAAGCUCCCUGUACGCUCUUCAUCGCAUCUCCUUUUUUCCUUCCAUCCUACAAGCAGUGUCAGGUACCACCGGAGUGCCCGGGGCCGUGGACUUAUUUUAUUCCCGGGAAUCGGACACAUUUAACUCUAACGAACUAUCCCAGAAGAUGUUCUUCUUUCUGCUACCUGUCGUGGCUCUCCUGCUGAGCAGAGAAACGGCGGGCUCCGGGAACAGUAACGAGAAAUGGCUGAGCACCGUGGCUCAGUACAAGGACAGAUCCUGGAACAGAUUCAGAGACGUUGACUACUUCAAAUGCUACAGGCUCACUGGUCACAACACCACGGCAGUGAUAAAGAAGGCUCAGCAGCGACGACUGUCCUUCCUGAGCGGUCAGAAAUACCAUCUGAAUCAGAAGCUGCUGGUGACCUUCUAUCGCGUCUACAGUGGAGCGUCUCAUGUCAUCUCUGCCUUGGUAUGCAGGCGUGCUCGGGCUGCCUACCAGGAAGCCUCUGCAGAGGGUCAUUACGGCCAGAGGAUUAUGCUGCCUCUGCCCUCCCUGGAAGACAUCACCACUCUCGCUGCCUCAGGGAGGAUCCCGUACCAUCCUGAAGGACUCAUCCCACCAGCCCGUCAUCUGUUCGACCGCUGCCUCGGCAGGCAGCUACCGCUUCAGAAAGCCGCACAUCAGACUUCCAAACAGUUUUCUUCCAUGGGCCAUUAG